AUGGUGAAUCAUUUGUUCGGCGACUAUAAUACUAGUGGAAGUGAUGAUGAAAGUAAUAUUGCAAUUGGUGACAAUAAUCAAUCACCUGAAUGUGAGUUAAGAAAAUUAUCACCAAAUAUUCCCACAUGUUUACCAUUAUUUGAACCAAUAUAUUAUCAAAACGAUCAGUUUGACGACGUACAUCCAUUUGAUGAUCAUUUAUUAGAUAUGAAUAAUGGAACACCAUUAUUUAAUGGCAGUUCCAUAACUGUCAACAAAGCCGUACGUGAACUUUGCGAUUUCUUCACCGAUUUCAAUAUAAACAAACGUACUGCAGCUCAUCUACUUCGUAUUAUUAAAAGACUUUUACCAAAACCUAAUAGACUGCCAACGUCUUGGAAAGCCAUCAUGAAGGUAUUAGGUCAUGUAUCAAGAUCACGAACAACAUUUUUAUGCUCAGACUGCUUUCAACAAUGUCAAAAGGGUCGAUAUGGUACUAAAUUAUGCACAAAUGAACAAUGUCCUUUAAAAAAUCGAACAAUGAAAAGUACUGAAAUAGUCGAACUUGUACAUCUAGAUAUUCGUACACAAAUACAAGCUAUUUUAGCUAGAAAUCAAUUAUUACUUAAUCGAAAAGAUUUGUAUCCUAUGACGGAUGUUUGUUUCGGUGAAUAUUAUCAAAAUCAAUCAAGUACAACAAUUAAUCGUGUUACUUUAAUCGUUCACACGGAUGGGGCACCACUCGUUAAAUUAUCAAAACAAAGUAUAUGGCCCUAUUUUGCCUCACUUGUGGAAUUACCUCCACCAGCUCGUGACUAUCAUAAAAAUACCGUUAUACUGUCACUAUGGACGUCAAAAGUCAAACCUGAUCCAAAUACAUUUUUACAUGAAACCAUCGAAGAACUUCAACUACUUAUUAAUAAUGGUACAUCAAUAUUUAUUAAUGGACGAGAAUAUGAAAUUACUUUAAGAACACAAUAUUUUGUAUCUGAUCUUCCAGCAAAAGCUCUUUUUUGUGAAUGGAGUGCUGAGCACAAUAUUGUCGUUUAUCCAUUUAUUCGCAACAAUUUAACACUUCGUACUCAUAGUGCAUAUCUCGAUGCAGCAAAAGAAGCACAAAAAAAGGCAACUAAUGGCAAAGUCGUUCCAGUUGAAGGCAUCAAAGGCCUUUCUACUUUACUACAAGUCUUCGAAUAUCCUUGUCAAAUUGUAUUUGACUACAUGCACCUUAUAUGUCUGGGCCAUGUGCCGUGUGUUAUCAAACUUUGGUGUCAAAAUAUUGAUGAAUCAAUUGAACGUUUAAUUGAUGGCUCACUCGGUCAGCUUCGUCUGCCACACAAUCUGAACGUACCUGUUUUGGAUUCGAUCGUAAACGCCGGACAAUGGAAGGCAAAAAACAGUCGUUUAUUCGUAUUGAAUGUUGGAGUACCUAUUGUUACGUUACAUCUUCCAAGACUUUUGGCAUCUCACUUCUUACUUUAUUCUAUGGCGGUGAAAAUUCUUCAUGCUCCUGAAUCCAUCGAUGAAAUUAAUUUGGGCGAACAAAUUAUGAAUUAUUACUGUAAAACUGCUCCUCUUGUACAUGGUCCAUCGGUGGAAAUCUUCUCACUUCAUGCUCAUAUUCACCUUGCACAACAAGUGAGACGUCACGGUGGACUUGGACAUACAUCUGCUUUUGCCUUCGAGUCUUGUAUUCGUUUUAUUGAGAGAAAAGCUCAUGGUAGCAAACAUCUUGGAGCACAGAUUUCAUACUGGAUUGAUCUUCAAACAAUGAUGCAAAAUGAACCUGUCAUUGCUCCAACACUGACAAUUAGUAAUGUAAAUAUAAUGAUUUUCCAGAAUUUUUCACUUUUGUAA